AUGGCUUCCUCUAUCCCUUUCCUCAGCCUCUCCAUCCCACUCCACCACCACCGCAACCACAAAUCCACCGCUGUUCUCCUCCCACCGCCGCCCCUUCGCCGCUCCGUCUCCGACCGCCUAAUCUCCGCCGGAUCGUAUUUCCUCCCGCUGGUCAACGACCUCAAAUACAGGCGAUUCAGAUCUAACCUCCCACCACCGCCCCUUCGCCGCCGCUCUCUCACAAAGACUUCCGCCUCCGCCCACACACCCAUCCCCGCCGCCGACCGCCUUAUCUCCGCCUCGUCGUAUUUCCUCCCGCUGUUCAACGGCCUCCAGUACGGGCGAUUCCUCUUUGCGAGGUACCCGAUCGCCGCCGCCCCAUUCGAGCCGCUCCUCCCCCUCAUCUCUCUCUACCACUCGGUGCCCUACGCCAGCUUCGUUACUUUCUUCGCGUUCUAUCUCGGCGUCGUGAGGAACCCUAAUCUCAGCCGCUACGCGAGAUUUAACGUGCUGCAGGCCCUUGUAUUGGACGUGCUGCUGGUUCUGCCGGUGCUGCUGCAGAGGAUAAUUGCUCCGGGAAGGUCGGGAAUCGCCCUCAAGCUCACGGCCUGGGCUUAUUCUGGGCUCUUUGUCUUCGUGGUGGCCUGCUUCCUUUAUGGGCUUGUGUCCAGUGUUUUGGGCAAGACUCCGUAUCUGCCGCUAGUUGCUGAGGCAGCGGGCCGCCAAUUGGACUGA